AAGAGAGAGAAGUGGAAGAACGAGUGGGAUGAAUGUGGAGUCACGAUCAUGUGUGAUUCGUGGACGGGGCCUAUGCGUAAUUCGGUCAUUAAUUUCUUGGUGUAUAGCGGUGGCACCAUGUAUUUCUUGAAGUCCAUCAAUGCGUCCGACAAAAUACAGGACCAUCAAUACUUGUUGAAGGAGAUACGAGCAGUGGUCAUGAAAGUGGAGCCUCACAAUGUGGUUCAGCUUGUCACGGAUAAUGGUUCGAACUACAAAAAAAGCCUGCAAAAUUCUCUGUCACGAGUUCCCUACCAUUGCAUGGCAGCCUUGCCUUGCCCAUACCAUCAACCUUAUGCUGAAGGACAUAGGGAAGUGGCCGGAGCAUGAUGCUUGUAUUCGAAGCGCGCAACGAAUUUGCAGCUGGCUCUACAACUCCAACAGUUUACACAGCAUGAUGAGGGAAGCCAUCGGUGGAGAGUUGGUCAAGUGGAAUGUAACAAGAUUUGGGACCAACUACAUGUUCCUUGAAAGCAUGUAUAAGAAGAAGGACCAGUUCAUGACAUGGUUAGUGUCACCUGAGUUCCGACGGUCCCGCCACUUCAAAAGUGAAACUGGAAGGUACAUUUACGAAUGCAUCACAAAUCUUAAAUGGUGGGCGAAUAUGGAGUAUGUGAUCAAUGAUGUUGAGCCUCUGUACAUGUUUCUGAGAUUUGCUGACACAGACAAGACACCUAAUUUGAGUGAGAUGACAAUGGAGUAUCAAAACAUGAGGCAGACAUAUGCCAGCAAGUUCAGCAGUGACUACCCCCGGUUUGAAAAGAUCAUGGCUGUGAUAGAUGCAAGGAUGACCACAGUGAUGUCAGGCACAUAUAUGGCCACUGCUUGUGCUCUUAACCCUUACGUGCAGUACAGUUUGGGCACAUCACAGACAGUCAUGGCAGUAAUGCGCAAUGGUCUGGAGAAAAUGUUGAAUACUAAUUCAGCAGCAAUUGCAUUGUAGGAAUUUGAAAUAUU